AUGGACCUCGACAACCUACCCAGUGACGACGCUCGUCCGAAUUUGAACGACGCCGAUUCUCGAGAGGUCGCGGACAAGCGGCAGACUAAGAACAAGAGCAAGGAAAGCGAUCCCUCCGCUGCAGCCGCCAGCAAGCGACGAUGCGUAAGCACUGCCUGCAUCGCCUGUCGCCGACGCAAAAGUAAAUGCGAUGGCAACCUCCCCAAAUGUGCCGCCUGCGCCUCAGUAUACCUGACCGACUGCGAAUACGCUCCGCAUACCGACCAUCGUCGGAAAGGCGUCUACAAGAAGGAUGUCGAUAGCCUCAAGACCAAGAAUUCUACCUUACAACUGCUGAUUCAAGCAAUCCUGAACGCGGACGAGGAAGAUGUCGGCGAGCUGGUGCGCCAGAUUCGCACAUGCGACAGCCUCGAAGAUCUUGCAGCCAGUAUAGAAGCCGGCGACAAGAUCACGGCCCCGGCCCCUCCGGACUCGCCCCUAGCGAGUCUGCAGCCACCAGAGGUCCCUCAGUUUGAAGCAGAGUUGUCAGGGAAGAUGGGCGACUUAUGGCUGGACGGCUCCGUUAAGUUCAUCGGUGGGACGUCCAACCUGAUCUGGAUGCCGGAUAGUCUCGACCAGCGCACCAUUGGCUCGUCGCCCUCAAGCAGUCUGGCCGACGUCGUCAAGCCCAAAGAGGAAGCUAUCCUGUCCUGGACCACUGUCACUCAGGACACGGACUUGAUCUUACAUUUCCUGAACAUGUAUUUCUGCUGGCACUACUCCUACUUCACUACUCUGUCCAAAGAGCUCUUCUACCGCGACUUCCUGACGGGAAACCCAUCACAGUAUUGCUCAUCGCUGCUCGUCAACGUUAUGCUGGCUCUUGGAUGCCACUUCUCCAAUAAGCCUGCCGCGAAAGAAGAUCCUGACGAUUCGACCACCACCGGUGAGCAUUAUUUCAAGGAGGCGAAAAGACUAUUGUACGAAGACGAUGAAUUCGCCAACGCAAAACUUUGCACGGUCCAGGCACUUGCCUUGAUGUCAGUUCGGGAGGCUGGCUGUGGCCGUGAGAGCAAAGGCUGGGUGUACAGCGGCAUGAGCUUUCGUAUGGCUGCCGAUCUGGGCCUCAACGUCGAUGCACAGCCAAUGAACGAAUCAUCACGUUUAUCAGAUGAAGAUAUUGACGCCAGGAGAAUCACCUUCUGGGGCUGCUUCCAUUUUGACAAGUGCUGGUCCAACUACCUGGGCCGCCAACCCCAGCUUCAACUUUCCCAUAUAACCGUGCGCAAGCCCGAAGUGUUUCCAUCAGAAGACUCGGAGCUGUGGUCGCCAUAUACAGACUCGGGCAUUGUUCAAGCCAAUGCGCAACCUGCCCGGACUCGCACCGUCGCUCUCCAGAUUUCGCAGCUCGCAGAAAUCUCUGGUGACCUGCUCGCCUCUUUCUAUCAUCCCAACCUAUUGGACAAACCUCUGAGUAAGCAGACCGAGCUAAAAAGGCUGAGCGACAUCCAUACACGCCUUGAAGCCUGGAAGAAAGAGCUGCCAGCUGAGCUCGAUGCUCGAGAAGCGCAACUCCCACAGGUGCUCCUAAUGCAUAUGUUCUACCAACUGCUCUAUAUCCACCUCUAUCGACCCUUUCUCAAAUACACGAAACAGACCUCACCACUUCCAUCUCAUGUAUCACCACGCAAAUUCUGUACCCAAGCUGCUGGGGCGAUAUCAAAGCUUUUUCGCCUCUAUAAAAGAACUCAUGGACUGCGGCAGAUCUGCAACAUUGCCAUAUACAUUCUCCACACGGCAUGCACCAUCCACCUACUCAACAUUCCGGACAAGAAUGCCAAGCGAGACGUAGUGCACGGCAUCAAACACAUGGAGGAAAUGGGUGAGUGUUGGACCAUGGCUCGCCGCAACAUGGAGAUUGUGCGCGUUUGUGCUGAAAAGUGGAAAGUCGAGAUUCCAGAGGAGGCUGAGGCAGCAUUUGCGAGAGCUAAAUUGAAAUGGUCCCUCGGUGUUCAGGCGCCAUCACCCAAUACUGGACCUUUCAGCAACCUGGUUCAACGCAUGGGCAACCAGCCAAUGUCUGAGUUGAUGGCUCAGAAUGUACAGGCUCAACGCGAGCGUCAGCAAUCGUUCCAGCCGUUCAGUUCCUUCGAUCCGCAGCACAGCAUUUUGCAGAUGCAAGGUGGCUUGUCUGCUGGGAUGGCACCUUCACCCGCCGACACCGACGACACAAGGCGAUCGUCAGGUCAAUUGUCACUGCCUCCGCAGUCCGCGCUAGAUCUCGUCCGAGGAGCGCACCGAAGUAGACCUUCAACGCAUCUGACCAAGGCGCAACAGGACGCAUGGAAUGUACACCAAGCCCGUCUGGCCUCGACUUCAGGCACUUCGGGUACAGCCGCCCCCCAGAACGAGCGAAACGCCAACGCCGCUCGUUUGUUCGGUGGUGUGGACAGCUUGAUCGAGGACUCACAGGACUGGUGGUUCAAGGACCAGUCUCAGCUGGCUGUGGGCUUCGACAACUGGAACGCGCCUACUCAAGACUGGUACGGCCUUGAUGGACCAGCCUUCAGUUCCGGAGGGGACGUCAAGGGGACUCAGCAGAUGGCAGGGUCUAUGUAUGGGACCUCAACCGGCUCCAUGUCCUACGGGCAGCAGUACAGCGGCGCCGGCAUGAAUAACGGCGCAACCGCGACAAUGAGUAACGGCAACUCGAUGACCAACACUAAUGGAUAUCAACAGAUGAAUUACGAUGAUGACACAUUUUACUGA